GCUGAGGGAUUCCGCCCCCACGACGGUGGUGGUUGCCCACAUGCAGAGGACGACGAUGACGCAUGGAGUGACCCUGAGGAGGUUCGCUGGCGCAGCAGUGGCAGAGAUUUAUUCGAUGACACAACGAGGGGCAGGGCUGGAGUUGAGGGAUGCUGGGAUGGAUCGGGGAACCCUCAUGCCGUGGGGAGCGUCUACCAACCGCGGAGAGAUUAGCACCAAAGAUGUUGCUGGUGGUGUUGCUUCUGAGUUGGUCGAGGUAUGGUUGCUAGGGGAGUUGGGGACGCUCGGCAAUCCACCUGGUGGUAGCGCAUGUCACAUUGAGCAGUUCGAUGAUGCCUAUUAUGAGGGGGCACCACAUGACCAGGCUGGACUUGGGGACCAUGCUAUGGAAUCAGCAUCCAUGCGCGAUUUCAUGGCCGAGCUUGAGGCUACUCUGCCAGCCAUGAUGGAGGGUGAGUCUAUUGUUGCGCGACAUGCCGACGGCGAGGACGUUUGGUCUCAGCCACAGGUGGUUCACAUGGGAGAGCCUACACCGGACACCGAAGAGGACCGCAUGGCUCGAGAGGCGAGGGAGGAUGAGGAGGAGGCCGCAAGGGCCAAGACCCUGGCCGAUGCCGACCCGCGCACACAGGUCAUGGCAUGUGACAUGAAGGCUAUGCGUCAGCUACGGACGGGGGGAGCAGGAGCGCGAGGCUAUGUUGUGGAGGAUGUGCAGAUGGAGGGCCCAAUUGGUACUGCGCACGCACAGACAUUGGAUUCGAGAGAGGUUCGAGAGAGAGAGGGCGAGACAGCAGGGCCCGAUAUCGACGGUACAUCCAUCGUCCCAAUACCACGAGACGGAGAGACGGACGCUAUUGUAGUGGCAUACGAUGGAGAGGCGUGCGGUGAGAUAGUGAUUGACUCCACCGUGCCAGAGGUCCAUGCUGCUCAGUUGGCUCAAUUGGGAGAUCCCGGAGAGGUACCAGCGGGAGACGUGGAGGAUGAGGAGGCAAUUGGGAGUCCAACGGCGGUGGGGGGAGACGUAGAGACAGGGGAGGACGCAUGUGGGGAGGUACAUGGAGAUGUGUGUACGCCCUCGACUUUACUUGCUUCUGGCGUGGAGGAGGGAGCAAGUGUCAUGGCGUCACCGCCCAUUCAGCAGGAUGCACCGACGGGCACACAUCGCCAGCGUCGUCGUCAUCCACCUGGUCCUGGGACGCAAUGCACUCAUUACGUAGAGCAGCCACGAGGCAGUUUGAUGUUCGAUACGAUGAUUGUUGAUGAGUUGGGCACGUGCCUUGCGACGGAUCUCACAGAGACGAGACGUGGAGUGAGGAUCGACUUAAAGAAAGCCAAAACACUUCUACCACGCCUGCAGUUCGUUUCAUGGGGCCCUGCUAGCCGAACACCGUCAUCAGACGCUUCGAUGGCGGUGGGUGCUAUGGGAGUUGGUGCGGCACACUCCCCUCCCCGUGUGGCACGAGAUCGUGGGACACGAUCGUCUGCGCCAACCUCAGCGGUGGGCAGGCCUCAAGAGCGUCGACAUGCGACAGCGGGGGCCGUGGCUUCUUUACUCGGGUGCACUGACGUGUCGUGGAGCAACACAAGGAGGUCGACGACGGCUACCAGGAAGAGGCAGCUCGGGUUGGGGAGGUGACGCUCAUCCACGUCAUCGACGAGGGAGGUGUACGUUGCUGGGUUCGAUCAUCGUGGAGGGUUGGGUGCUGAUGUUGAGGGAGC